AUGCGUCCUUCAAGCGUUUUGACCAACUUGGUCCUUUCGCUUUUAUUUUAUGCAAGCCCCAUUUGGGCUAUAACCACAACUAUUGAUGGGAUUCCAGUUGUCUAUGAAACUGUUACUCAAACAGUAACGAAUCCCACAGGAACAUUAGCUAUUCAAACUAAUUAUUAUGUUGGUGUUCCAAGUGCAACUAGUUCCUCGGUUUAUUCAACCUCACUACCAUCGAGCUCCUCAUCUGUUCAAUCAACAGCCGUCUCUUCGUCAAGUGUAGUGUCAAGUUCUAUUUCAAGUUCUGAGCUCAUUACUUCGUCCACGACUGUGUACAGUGCCUCUAGCUCAACUCCAGUUUCCAGUUCUGUUGAAUUGUCAAGCUCAGCUCCAGUUUCCAGUUCUAUUCUAUUAAGCAGUUCUGCUGCUACUUCUAGUGCUACCUCUAGCUCAGCUCCAGUUUCCAGUUCUGUUGAAUUGUCAAGCUCUGCUCCAGUUUCCAGUUCUAUUCUAUUAAGCAGUUCUGCUGCUACUUCUAGUGCUGCCUCUAGCUCAGCUCCAGUUUCCAGUUCUGUUGAAUUGUCAAGCUCUGCUCCAGUUUCCAGUUCUAUUCUAUUAAGCAGUUCUGCUGCUACUUCUAGUGCUGCCUCUAGUUCAGCUCCAGUUUCCAGUUCUGUUGAAUUGUCAAGCUCAGCUCCAGUUUCCAGUUCUAUUCUAUUAAGCAGUUCUGCUGCUACUUCUAGUGCUGCCUCUAGUUCAGCUCCAGUUUCCAGUUCUGUUGAAUUGUCAAGCUCAGCUCCAGUUUCCAGUUCUAUUCUAUUAAGCAGUUCUUCGAAUUCCUUCGUGGUCCCACCUCCAUACACUACCACUGUCGUUUCUGGUACUUCUAGCGAGACCGAUAUUGUUUCCUACUACUCUACUACCGACUCUUCUGGUGUCCCAGUCACUGGUACCACCACUGUUGUAGUUUCUGGUUCGUCCUCGAACUCCUUCGUGGUGCCACCUCCAUACACUACCACUGUCAUUUCUGGUACUUCUAGCGAGACCGAUAUUGUUUCCUACUACUCUACUACCGACUCUUCUGGUGUCCCAGUCACUGGUACCACCACUGUUGUAGUUUCUGGUUCGUCCUCGAAUUCCUUCGUGGUCCCACCUCCAUACACUACCACUGUCGUUUCUGGUACUUCAUCUCAAACCGAUAUUGUUUCGUUCUACACCACCACCGAUUCCUCUGGUAAGCCAACUACUGUUGCCACCACCUACCCAAUCGGUGCUUCAAGCUCUGUUUCCGGUGUUCCACCUCCAUACACUACUACCAUUGUGUCUGGCCNNACUACCACUGUCGUUUCUGGUACUUCUAGCGAGACCGAUAUUGUUUCCUACUACUCUACUACCGACUCUUCUGGUGUCCCAGUCACUGGUACCACCACUGUUGUAGUUUCUGGUUCGUCCUCGAAUUCCUUCGUGGUCCCACCUCCAUACACUACCACUGUCGUUUCUGGUACUUCAUCUCAAACCGAUAUUGUUUCGUUCUACACCACCACCGAUUCCUCUGGUAAGCCAACUACUGUUGCCACCACCUACCCAAUCGGUGCUUCAAGCUCUGUUUCUGGUGUUCCACCUCCAUACACUACUACCAUUGUGUCUGGUUCCUCAUCUCAAACCGAUGUCGUCUCAUUCUACACCACCACCGACUCUUCUGGUAAGCCAACCACUGUUGCCACCACCUACCCAGUCGGUGCUUCUAGCUCUGUUUCCGGUGUUCCACCUCCAUACACUACUACCAUUGUGUCUGGUUCUUCAUCUCAAACCGAUGUCGUCUCAUUCUACACCACCACCGACUCUUCUGGUAAGCCAACUACUGUUGCCACCACCUACCCAAUCGGUGCCUCAAGCUCUGUUUCCGGUGUUCCACCUCCAUACACUACUACCAUUGUGUCUGGUACUUCAUCUCAAACUGAUAUUGUUUCGUUCUACAUCACCACUGAUUCCUCUGGUAAGCCAACUACUGUUGCCACCACCUACCCAAUCGGUGCAUCUAGCUCUGUUUCCGGUGUUCCACCUCCAUACACUACUACCAUUGUGUCUGGUUCCUCAUCUCAAACCGAUGUUGUGUCCUUCUACACAACUACCGACUCUUCUGGUAAGCCAACCACUGUUGCCACCACCUACCCAGUCGGUGCUUCUAGCUCUGUUUCCGGUGUUCCACCUCCAUACACUACUACUGUGGUUUUUGGUACUUCUAGUGAGACAGAUAUUGUUUCCUUCUACACCACUACUGAUUCUGCUGGUAAGCCAUCUACUGCUACUACGACCAUCAUCUUGAGUGGUUCUUCCACUCCAGGUGUUGUGCCACCUCCAUACACUACCACAGUUGUUUCUGGUACUGUCACUCAAACUGACGUUGUUUCCUUCUUCACCACUACUGAUUCUGCUGGUAAGCCAUCUACUGCUACUACGACCAUCAUCUUGAGUGGUUCUUCCACUCCAGGUGUUGUGCCACCUCCAUACACUACCACAGUUGUUUCUGGUACUGUCACUCAAACUGACGUUGUUUCCUUUUACACCACUACUGACUCUGCUGGUAAGCCAUCUACUGCUACUACGACAAUCAUCUUAAGUGGUUCUUCCACUCCAGGUGUUGUUCCACCUCCAUACACUACUACUGUUGUUUCUGGUACUGUCACCGAAACCGAAAUCGUUUCAUGCUACACUACUACUGACUCUGCUGGUAAGCCAUCUACUGCUACCACAACCAUCAUCUUGAGUGGUUCUUCCACUCCAGGUGUUGUUCCACCUCCAUACACUACUACUGUUGUUUCUGGUACUGUUACUCAAACCGAAAUCGUUUCAUGCUACACUACUACUGACUCUGUUGGUAAGCCAUCUACUGCUACCUCGACCAUUAUCUUGAGUGGUUCUUCCACUCCAGGUAUUGUUCCACCUCCAUACACUACCACAGUUGUUUCUGGAUCUGGUGCUGGUACUUACAUUGUUUCUCAAUACGAGACUACGAAUUCAGCUGGUGUUGUUGCCACAGGAGUAUCUUCUAUUAAGGUUUAUGCCUCGUCGACUAGUUUGUCUGUGCCAGUUGUGACCUCAGCUGCUACUGUUGGCACUGUUACUGAAAUUGAAACUCAAACUGAAAUUGUGUCGAACAGUAAUGGAUUGAGUUCAGCUAAUGGUAAUGAGGGUGCUGGUGUGUCCCAAACUUCGAACAAUAACGUAAGUUCGGGUUACGGCCAAUCGGCAGGAGCCACUGCAACUACGAAUGCUGGAUCUUCUUCAAAGGUGACAUCUAUCCUAAUGCCUACAAGCGAAGGUGGUGCUGCUGGAUCUGGUAUGUCUUCUUAUUCUCCUUCUUCAGGUACAGCUGAAAUCGAAUCUUACCAAGGUAUGGCUGCUUCUGUGAAGGUAGACAAGUCUAUUUUAUCACUCCUAGGUUUGAUUUUAUUUGCAAUCAUCUAG